AUGUUGACAGAAGCGGUGUCCACACAUGCUGAGCGCAAGUCCAACGAGCAUCGCAAUCGUAAAGCACGCCACUUUAUGGACAAACUUCUAGUGCAAGUGCAGGCUGGUCAUGGCGGCGAUGGAUGCGUCUCCUUCCACCGCGAAAAGUUUGUAGAGAUGGGCCCUGCGGCCGGAGGGAAUGGCGGUGCAGGAGGUUUUAUUUUCAUCAAGGCAGAUCCCUCCUUGCAUUCGCUUGCGCGUGUUCAUAAACGUGUCGUUGCCAAAAAUGGCACGCACGGCCAGGGCGACUGGCUUCAUGGCCGUGGAGCGGAGGACAUCGCAAUUCAUGUUCCAGUGGGGACGACAGUGCGCAGCAUCGGCCGCACACUGAACGAACGUGAAGCGAGUGUCCAGCCGUACAUGCGACAUGUCGUCUCCGCAAAGCAACGCGCCGCCGUCACCAUCGACGCACUCGAUACGCCCGUGCUUUUUGAUUCACGUGCGGCGACUUGGCGACAUUUUCCACGAUUUGAAGACGAGAACUAUGCGCGCGGUCACUUUGCCGCUGCCGAGGAAAAGUUUGCGAACGAGCUCAAAGCGCAGCAAAGAUUCGAAUCCAAGCUUGCACGGGAAAAACGAUCCGGCGCUUCUUUAUCGACCUAUGUGGAAGUGGAACCAAGCAUGGUGCGUGACUAUACCGCCGAUGCGGGCUGGGCAAUAGACAUGGCAAUACCCACCCCACCCGACCACCCGGGACUACUUGUCGCGCGCGGCGGAGAAGGCGGGCUUGGAAACCCCCACUUUAUUUUGGACAGGUACCGCUCGCCGAAAAUCGCGACACGUGGGGGUGCUGGCGAGUCUGUUUUGCUCUCGCUCGAGUACAAGCAGCCCUCGGAUGUGGGGCUUGUUGGUUUACCGAAUGCGGGGAAAAGCACACUGUUGCGCUGCCUCAGUCGUGCAGAUGCCGAGAUAGGCUCGUAUGCAUUCACCACACUGCAUCCGAAUCUCGGCGUGAUGUGCCUAGAUACCAACGGACGCUUGCUUGAUGCAGAUGCGCCGGAAGAGAGCAUGCGCCUUAUUGUUGCGGAUCUGCCGGGGCUCAUUGAGGAUGCAUCUCACAACAAAGGGCUCGGUCUCGAGUUCCUCCGCCAUGUUGAGCGUUGUAGAUUUCUUGUCUACGUGGUGGAUAUUGGCCCGAGCAAUGCUUUCCCUAUUGACCACGUUCUUAUUCUCAACAAGGAGCUCGAAGCCUAUUGCGAAGGGCUCAGCCGGCGCGUCGCAAUGAUUGUUGCGAAUAAGGCGGACCUGCUUGCUACAGAAGGCACGCAGGAAUCUAUACAAGCCGCGCAUGCAAAGCUAUCCGAAUUUCGGACCAAGGUCCAAGACCUUUACGGCCCUCAAAAUGUUGCCGUCGUGCCUAUGUCGGCCCAACGCCAUGAAAAUGUCGACCACGUGGUGCAGCUGUUGCAGUCGUUGGCCUCCACAGUGGCUUGUCAAUAG